AUGGACAUCAAUUCAUGCCGUUAUGAAAUCGUCUGUCAGCUGGGUGAUGGAGGCUUCGGAACCGUUUAUGCAGCGACUCGUUUGGACGACGGCCUACAGGACGGUUGUUCCAAGCCUCUUCCUCUGGAGGUUGCUUUGCAAAUCCUUGCAGACGGAGACCCCAGGGUCGACGAAAUCAUCCAGCUUCUGGACUGGCGGGUGGAGUCUGACCACUACAUUUUGGUGCUAGAGCGUCCCGUUCCCUUUGAGGAACUGAACUGGUUUCUCCUGCAGCAAAUGGGUACCAUUCAAGAGGACAUGGCACGAGUUAUAAUGCGCCAGGCAACAUUCGCAGCUCAAACAUGCUGCAGACGUGGAGUGUUUCAUCAGGACAUAAAGCUGGAAAAGCUUCUGAUCAACCCGGACACACUCAAAGUCAAGUUAACUGACUUUGGGUGUGGUGACUUCCUCAGCUGUGUGGGUUACACGUCCUUUGUUGGCACAAGAGAGUACUGCCCUCCUGAGUAUCACAUGACCGGCCAGUACCACGGGGAACCAGCGACAGUGUGGUCACUCGGGAUCCUCUUGUUUCUUAUGCUGUGUGGGGAUUUUCCAAAUACACCAGACCUGCACAUGAUCGACGGUCACAACUGGACCAAAGAUGGCUUGUCGGAAGAAUGCAGCGAUUUUAUUUGCUGCUGUCUGCAAAUCAAUCCAAAAGAGCGGAUUGAACUGGAGAAACUUAGUCUCCACGACUGGUUUAUGGAUUGCUGA